AGUCACCUUCAGCUGACACAGAUUUUGAUUUUAUUAUGCAUCUUGGUUUCUAUCAUCUCCACAAUUUGUUUAAAAUCUUUAUACAAACAGCAGCUUUACCUCCAUCUCCACUUCCUCAUGGAUAAUCAAAUUCCUUUUCCGAUUAUCUUCACCUUUCUUGUUUUCUUAUUGAUGCUGCUGAGAAUUUGGAGGAAGUUAAAACACCUCAAGUCAAAUUCUGUUGUUGCUCUUGCUCCUCCCUCCCCAUGGAAGCUACCACUGAUAGGAAACAUGCAUCAAAUGAUUUGCUCUCUGCCCCAUCACCGCCUAAGAGAUUUAGCCAACAAAUAUGGACCUCUUAUGCACCUUCAGCUUGGUGAAUUGUCCAUCAUUGUCGUUUCUUCUCCAGAAGUUGCCAAAGAAAUAAUGAAAACCCAUGACAUUACUUUUUCAUCUCGACCUCAUAUCCCUGCAGGAGAGAUCUUGUUAUAUAACUUUAAAGAUAUUGCAUUUGCACCAUAUGGAGAUUACUGGAGACAGAUGCGUAAAAUCUGCACAAUGGAGUUGUUGAGCCAAAAAAGGGUUCAAGCUAUGCAAACCAUCAGAGAGGAAGAGGUGUCAGAGUUCAUUAAAUCAAUUUUUUCAAAGGCCAUGUCGAAAAUCAACCUCAGCGAGAUGUUAAUUUGUUUAACAUAUGGAAUCACUUCAAAGGCGGCAAUUGGUAAUAUUGGAGAGAUGCAUAAAGCAUUUGUACCACUUGUAAGAGAAGUAUCAGAAAUUUUUGGUGGUCUUAGUUUGGCUGAUAUGUUCCCUUCCAUAAAGUUGAUUCACAUGAUCAGCGGCAUGACGACUCGGCUUCAGAAGCUACAUCAUGAACUUGAUAAGAUACUUGAAAACCUCAUCAAUGAACAUAAAGUUAACAAGCUGACAAUUGAUUCUAGUGAGGAAGUUGCCAACAAUUUUGUAGAUGUUCUCUUGAAUCUUCAGGAAUGUGGAGACUUUCAAUUCCCCUUGACAACAAACAACAUCAAAGCAGUUGUACUGGACAUUUUCCUUGGUGGGACUGAAACAUCGUCCACAACUUUACAAUGGGCUAUGUCAGAAUUGAUAAGGAUUCCAAAAAUUAUGGCAAAGGCUCAGGCAGAGGUGAGACUAGUAUUUGAUAGAAAAGGAUACGUAGAUGAAGCCGGACUCGAAGAACUAAAAUUCUUGAAAUUAGUUAUCAAAGAAACUCUAAGGUUACACCCCCCUUUUCCAUUGUUACUCCCAAGACUUUGCACAGAGAGAAGCAAGAUUCUUGGAUAUGACAUACCCGUCAAAGCCCAAGUCAUGGUCAAUGCAUGGGCUAUUGGAAGGGAUCCGAAUUAUUGGAUUGAUGCAGAGAAGUUCUAUCCUGAGAGAUUUAUCGAUAGUUCCAUUGAUUACAAGGGAAAUAACUUUGAAUUUAUCCCAUUUGGCGCUGGAAGGAGGAUGUGCCCAGGCAUGUCAUUUGGAAUAGCAAGCGUUGAGCUUACACUUGCGAAAUUACUUUACCAUUUCGACUGGAAGCUCCCUAACAACAUCAAACAAGAAGAACUGGACAUGGCGGAGAAUUCUGGUUCUGCAGUUGGAAGAAAAAAUGAUUUGUAUGUGAUCCCCAUUCCUUACCAUGCUACAAGUGCUCAAUAAAAACAUAAAGCUACAAUUUCCAUAUGUAAGCAUUGAAUUGUUUGCUUUAGUUCCAGUAUUGUUUUUCCAGUACCAUGUGACCAUGGUGAGUUAUCUUGUACUACUGUUCUAAUUUGUAGACUUGUAUCUGCUAAGCAAAAAAUAAAGGGGCAUCAGUCUCCCUUAGUAAUUAUGUUACAA